AUGUCCAUUAACGACCCAAAGUCGCCAGUGUCAUCGCCUACGCCAAAAUCGGUUCGUAUGGACGCACCGUCCACUCCUCCGCGCCAUAAACGGCUCUCGGCCACCUUUCUUCAAACCCCCGACCUGAACUAUGACCAGGUUCCCUACUCGCCGUCCUUGAAAAGAACAAGCUCUGGAAGCUACAAGUCCCCCGACGACAAGCUCUCGUCGCAUAAUGUGGCGUCGCCGGCGCCGGGGAAUAUGCUCAAGACUCCACGGCCCUCUGGCUAUGAUUCUGACGACCAAAUAGAGCCUCGGAAAGUCCCGAAAACUCCCCAGUUUUUCUCUCCUGCCAAAAAACUCUUUAAUGAUGACGACCAGCCGCCCGAACUUGCGGAAAUUAGCCUGCAACUCCGGUCUCGUUUGAGCUCAGCAAUGGGAAAACUCCAACAGAAUAAGCUGUCGCCUACAAAAGUCGACUUGGUCGAUUUGUCAUUUACAUCCACGGUAUCCCCGUCAAAGAAACUCAAGGUCAACGGACGCCUUGCUCAUAGCGCACCGCUGUUGCCCCAGGGCAGUCCUACUCGGCACACAGACGUUUCGGAAUCGGUGUCGCAGCCGACCAAUCUUAAUCUCCAAACACUUCAGCAUUCUCCCGUGCCUCGAGGCACUUCUUCAUUUCCACAUUCGCCCCAGCCCGGCCUCAAACAGUCGCCGCAGUUCGCAGACCAGGAGCGGGUGAUAAACGUGCCGUCGCCGGACGAGGAAGCCAGCGCCCAUAAUGCCCUUAUAGCUGCAAUCUCCAGACAAAGACGUAAAUCGAGGACAUCAUUUUCGUCAGCCGAGAAACGACGGCUGUCGUCGAUAACUGAGGCGCCGCUCGGCCUCAACCUUCCUCCUAUAAACAUGCCUUUGAAACAGGACAAAAAACCCAUCAACGAGCAGGACGCAGUGUAUUCUCUCAUGUCGCUUCUGUCGCCGCAAUCGAUGAAGUUUGGCCACAGUCGAUCACAAAGUUUGAACAAUAACACCACGUCGACGUCGUCGUCGCGGUCUUCGUCGGUGGUGAGUCCUCAACUGUCAACGGUGUUGCCGCCUAUUAGUGGACUCAUCAAUACGACAUCGGCAUCAGCUUCUACAGGCUACAAUAACGAUAAUGACGCUACCGAUAUCGAGAAUGAUUCUACGGACGAAGACGUGAGCGGGCCCGAAUAG